GGCCAGGGCUAGAGGGCAAGUUGCCUGGGACGUGGUGUGAGCACUGCAGGUUAUACAUUAACCUCUGGAUUGAACAUUCCCAGUGGAAUUGUGAAUUCUCUAUUCUAGAUAUUCCAGUGAGCAGGGUUCCACUUGGCCAUGUUCUAAUGCCAUUGCAAGUCACCUCUGCCUCCCAGGCAUCGUUUACAGCAUGGACAAGGACAGGCUUCAAGAUGAGCUGCACAUUUUUAGAGACAGGAACUACCUCCGGCAGAAGCUGAGAUCCUCCCGCACAGUCUACUUGCUGCUGGCGCUUUCUUACCUGCUGAUCCUCAUCCUGUUUGCGGUGUCGCUCUCCAGAGUUUCAAUGCUCUCUUCACAACUUAAUGAAAUGCGCAAUGAAGUGAAACGGAAUCAUUCCAGCAACGAUUUCAAACUGUUCCCGUGCGGACCUGAUGCCCGGGAAUGGGAAUACUUCAGUGGGAAAUGUUACUUCUUCUCCUUGCGUGAGACAUCUUGGCAGAGGGCGAAGGUGCUGUGUGAGGAGGAGCAUUCACGCCUGGCCAUCAUUAACAGCCACAGCAAGCAGAAUUUUAUCAUGUACAGGACACGCAACCAGCGCUUCUGGAUCGGCCUCUCAGACCAGAACUCAGAAGGGGAGUGGAAAUGGAUCGACGGGAGCGACUCCACAACUGGUUUCACGUACUGGAAGGAAGGGGAGCCCAACAACAGCGACCAGAAUGAGGACUGUGCGCACGUCUGGACCUACGGGGAGUGGAACGACGUGCAUUGCACAUACGAGUGCUACUACAUCUGUGAAAAGCCUGCCCCUCCGUGAGCAGACCGGACCAAAGCCACCUCCCAGCCACACUGCCUGGACCUGCAGGUCAGUGCAGAGAGCCAGCGCUGCCUCCUGGUGGUGACAGAGUUGCAAGCCAAGGUCCAGUACUUUGAGGCUGUCAACAUCAUACUAAUCUUUUUACUUUUCCCCCCACUCUUCUGUUCUUAAUUUAUAUUCCCUUUAUCUGUGUGUCCAUUUCCGGUCAGUUCCUCCAUGGGUCUCUCUCAGCCAUUGGGUCCGUAUCCUGGGGAGGACCCAGAAUGGACCUCCGAUGCUAAAAGUCUGCACCUCUACAGUGUGAGCCUAGGGCUGAUAAAAAAAAAUGUUUUCAAACAAAGA